AUAAUUUUCUGAAGGUCAAGGAUGUAACUAAGCGGAAAUUUUAUUUCAAAUUAAAAUUAGUCCAAAUUACUGGUAUUUAAUUAACAUUGAAUAUUAUUUUAAUAUCAAUUACAGCAUAAUCUUUCAGGUAUACAAAUACCGCCAAAUUAAUUCAUCAUUAUACUGCUGAUUAGGUCAAGACUUGAUUGUUCUAAUUUGUAAUGGCGUAAAUAUAUCAAUUUUAUUAAGUAUGAGUUAAAGUUUUCUUAUUUUGAACACGUCAUCAUAUUUUUUAGAUAUUUUCUUCCGUAGAAUUUUGAUAAAGAAUGUCACUAGAACCAAAUUUUUUAUCAAAAUCCGAUUGCAUCUACACACCCUGUUUUUGCGAAGAAAAUGUUUGGAAUAUUUGCGAUUACCUGCGAAGGAAAUUCUCAGCUCUAUUCCACAAAUGUGUUGUAGUAUUUAUUUCGAACGAAAAUAAUUCAGUACCAAUUUGGAAACAGAAAGCUAAUCAUUCAGGACUAGUUAUUUGGGAUUAUCACGUCCUCGUAGUAAUUCUUUUUGGUAAUGAGUACUAUGUCUAUGAUUUGGAUUCCCUUUUAGACUUUCCGUCUACCUUAAAGGAAUAUUUUGAAAAGGCCAUUGGAUCGGAAAAGAGUAUUAAAGCUGAUUAUAGAAGAAAGUUUAGAGUAAUCAGUGCUAAAUGUUAUUUAGAACAUUUUGCAUCUGACAGAACUCAUAUGCUGAAAGAAGACGGAACCUACUUCUCUCCUCCUCCCAAAUAUCCCUGCAUUUCCACUCCUCACAGUAAAAACAAUUUAGACAUUUAUAGGAGUAUGAAAAAUGAUAGCGACUGUGAUCAUUUCGGAUCUGUUUAUUGUUUUUCCGAUUUCCUUACUCAUUUUUUACCAGACGUUCAACUCGCUAAUUUACCCGAUUUAUGUGUAAAGGAUAAUUAA